UCACCACAGCCGAGAAUGGCGCCGUGGUCACCUCCCGUCGCCGCCGCCGCCGCCCCGCAGGCCCAGUUCGGCUUCUCGCCCGCCCGCCCGGCGCACGCGCGGCAAGCCCUUCUCCUGCCGCCGCCGCUCGCCCGCAGGAUCCCCCUCCUCGCCGUCAACACCGCCGCCAACUCCCCCGUCUUGCCGGCAUGGAGGCGCCACGCCCUGGCCACCGAGGUCGAGGGCCUCAACAUCGCCGACGACGUCACCCAGCUCAUCGGCAAGACACCCAUGGUGUACCUCAACAAGAUCGUCAAGGGCUGCGUCGCCAACGUCGCCGCCAAGCUCGAGAUCAUGGAGCCCUGCUGCAGUGUCAAGGACAGGAUUGGAAUCAGCAUGAUAUCUGACGCCGAAGAGAAGGGAUUGAUAACACCCGGGAAGAGUGUGUUGGUGGAAGCAACGAGUGGGAACACUGGCAUCGGCCUUGCUUUCAUUGCUGCCUCCAGGGGAUACAAGUUGAUACUGACCAUGCCCACGUCCAUGAGCAUGGAGAGGAGAGUUCUGCUCAAAGCCUUUGGCGCUGAGCUCGUCCUUACAGAUGCCGCAAAGGGGAUGAAAGGGGCCUUGGAUAAAGCUACAGAGAUUUUGAAUAAGACACCUAACUCAUACAUGCUUGAGCAGUUUGACAACCCUGCUAACCCAAAGGUACAUUAUGAGACUACCGGGCCAGAAAUCUGGGAGGAUUCAAAAGGGAAGGUGGAUAUAUUCAUUGGUGGAAUUGGAACGGGUGGGACAAUAUCUGGUGCUGGUCGUUUCCUCAAGGAGCAAAAUCCUGAUAUCAAGGUUAUUGGUGUGGAGCCUACUGAAAGUAACAUUCUCUCUGGUGGAAAACCUGGCCCACAUAAGAUUCAAGGCAUUGGAGCUGGAUUUGUUCCAAGGAACUUGGAUAGUGACGUUCUAAACGAAGUAAUAGAGAUAUCAAGCGACGAGGCUGUUGAGACAGCAAAGCAGUUGGCUCUCCAGGAAGGAUUGCUGGUUGGAAUCUCGUCGGGUGCAGCAGCUGCGGCCGCCAUAAAGGUCGCAAAGAGACCAGAAAACGCUGGGAAGCUGAUAGUGGUUAUCUUCCCGAGCUUUGGCGAGCGGUACUUAUCAUCGGUGCUGUUCCAGUCCAUCAGAGAAGAGUGCGAGCAGAUGCAGGCUGAGGCAUAGAACUUAGACUGCUGUAUCAUGUUUUUUGCUGGAAUAAAUAAGGCGGCAUGGAAACUCUUGCACACAGAUUUUUUUUAUAUUGCUUGUAUGGAAACAGUUAUUUGUCCA